GGGCAAAUGACAUCAGCUGGCGAUUCAAUGCUGUUAGCCAGCACUUAUCGAUAUAUAGUACAGGCAGAUAUUCGAAAAGAGACGCCAAAGGAAAACAAACCGACAUGGAAAAAUUAACGCUACAACAAGUGCAAGCUCUGCGCAAGGCACAAGACGAUUUAAUUUUUAGCAAAUCAGUCUACCUGGAAUUCUAUUCAAAAAUGGCAAAACAUGUCUACACAACAGACCUCAACAAUUUGAUACGCGGUGAUUUCCAGCGAGUUGACGUUCAAUUAAAUAUUCCUAAAUUGCCGCCACAGCAAAAGGAGUCUGAAGAAUACAUACCCAUGUUACAAUUGGACAAACUGAUGGAGCUUUACGAUGCCGCCGAAGAGGGUAGAUCUUUUUUGCAAGACUGAUCCAAUUUAUGUUUAUUGUUAUUGAGCCAAUAGCCAUGCAAAAUGUGUUGAAUAUGCUGCAGGCACUCGAAGGAUGGCGAAAGACUCUUUAAAUUUAAGCAAAUAAGUUAACAUACAUUAAGGAACAAAACCUCGCAAAAAACUCACAUUGAAUAGGGGUAUUAUGGGGCGCUCUUUGAAUAUGCUGCCCUUUGUACGCAAUAUGAGCAUAUACUUUAUGUCUAGCUGUAAGUAAAAGAAAAUGGUUUGAAAUAAAUAUGCCGUUAUUUAAACGUAA